UACUACACGACGCUAGCGGUGGUCAUCCUACUGACGUUUGUGUUUGGAACAGAAUGCUUUUAUGUACCGGGAGUGGCGCCGGUUGAGUUUGUUAAGGGACAGAAAAUUGACGUGAAAGCUGUCAAAAUGACCAGCAGCCGUACACAAUUGCCUUAUCAGUAUUACUCUCUUCAGUUUUGUUUGCCUAAAAAUGGUACACUUAUCUAUAAGUCAGAGAAUUUGGGUGAAGUUCUUCGCGGAGAUCGCAUCGUUAAUACUCCGUACGAUGUACAGAUGGCUGUAAAUGUCAACUGUAAGUUAUUGUGUAAUAAAAAGGACAACUCGCCCCUGAAUUGGGAACAACCGCAGUCAGCAAUGGUGGUCGAGCGAAUAAAACAUGAAUAUUUCGUUCACUUAUUGGUCGACAAUUUACCUGUAGCCACACGCAUAGUGAAUCUUAAUAAUCCUACUGAGGUUAGCUACGAACAUGGCUAUAGAUUAGGUCUUGUAGACGGUGAUAACGUGUACAUUAAUAAUCAUCUCAAAUUUAUUUUAUCGUACCAUAUGCAUACCAAAGAUAAAUACCGUGUUGUGGGCUUUGAAGUUGAAACAGCUUCAGUAAAUUAUAAGGACAUCAAGUUUGAGGGAGACAACUGUAAUUUUCCUGACAAUGCGCGACCUCAAUUGGUGAAUCCCAAUUCCAACACACAAUUAUAUUUCACAUAUUCCGUUGAGUGGAAGGAAUCUAAAGUUAGUUGGGCAUCCCGUUGGGAUAUAUAUCUGGGAAUGAAAGACGUACAAAUUCACUGGUUCAGCAUUAUAAACUCUCUAGUAGUAGUAUUUUUCCUUUCUGGCAUUCUGACAAUGAUCAUGAUACGCACUUUGAGACGAGACAUUGCGCGUUAUAACACCGAUGACAAUAUUGAGGAUACGUUGGAAGAAACGGGAUGGAAGUUGGUCCAUGGAGAUGUAUUUCGUCCUCCAAAAAAUACACGUUUAUUUUCCGCAGUUAUUGGAAGUGGCAUUCAAAUAUUUUUUAUGUCAUUAAUAACGAUAUUCUUCGCAAUGCUUGGAAUGCUUUCUCCAUCUUCCCGGGGAGCUCUAAUGACAUCAGGAAUAUUUAUGUACGUCUUCAUGGGUAUAAUAGCUGGUUACUUUGCUGCACGCUUAUACAAAACAAUGAAAGGUCGAGAAUGGAAAAAAUCGGCAUUUCUAACCGCUACUUUAUAUCCUAGUAUUGUGUUUGGGACCGGAUUCUUUUUGAACUUUUUUAUUUGGGACAAAGAAUCCAGUGGUGCUGUGCCAUUUAAAACAAUGAUAUCAUUGCUUUUAUUAUGGUUUGGCAUAUCCGUCCCACUAGUAUAUUUAGGCUAUUACUUUGGCUAUCGUAAACAACCAUAUCAGCAUCCCGUUCGUACAAAUAUGAUACCCCGGCAAGUACCAACGCAGCACUGGUAUAUGAACGUAUUACUAAGCACCCUGAUGGCUGGUAUACUACCUUUUGGCGCUGUAUUCAUUGAAUUAUUUUUCGUUUUUACUGCCAUAUGGCAAAAUCAAUUUUAUUAUCUAUUUGGAUUUUUAUUUUUGGUGUUUUGUAUAUUGGUCGUAAGUUGCGGUCAAAUAUCUAUAGUUAUGACAUAUUUCCAAUUAUGUGGAGAGGAUUAUCGUUGGUGGUGGCGAAGUUUUAUAGUUUCUGGUGGAUCAGCUGUAUAUGUCCUUUUCUACAGUGUUUUUUACUUCUUUACUAAAUUGGAAAUUACUGAAUUUAUUCCCACUCUGUUAUAUUUCGGAUACACUAGUUUAAUGGUAUUGACUUUUUGGCUUCUAACGGGAACGAUUGGUUUCUUUGCGGCAUACAGCUUUAUCCGUAAGAUAUACAGUGCUGUUAAAAUCGAUUGAUUUGUUUUAUUAAUAUUUAAAAAACCCGCCAACAAAAUCAAUCGUACUUGUAUCCGUAAUCUACUCAACCA